CAUUUCAUUGAAACUAAUUUCCUCAAGUUUCAUUUUAUCAUUAUCAUAGUUCUUUGAAACUUUAAAGCAAACAAGAGCAAAAAUUAGAAAUGGAGUCAACUUUGCAUCCAAAAAUUGAAUCAAUGGAUACUCAAGAAUCACACCUUUUCAUUGUUCACAUUCCUGAUGGUUUUGCAACAGGAGAUAUUGGUGCUAAAGUUGAGUAUGAUUUUGGAAGGGUGAGAGUUUUUGGUGAGAGAUCAAUUGGAUCAAAUAAAAUGAUACGUUUCAAUGAAAAGCAUCAAGUUCCAUCACAUUGUGACAUUGGCAAUAUUAUAGGUAAGUUUGAUGGAAAAACUGUCACCAUCAUAAUGCCAAAUAUUCCAAGUAAAGUUCCUCAACAAAACACUUCUCAUCAUCAAGAUCCUAAGAAAACAUUCAUAGAGAAAGGAAAGGAAAUGAUCAAUGAUAAAUUCCGCGAUGAUAAUGACGAUGACGAGAAAAAGAGUAAUGAAAAGAGCUUUCCUGAAUCGUUCCUCGCAAAGAGGUUCAAUGAAGAAAAUAGACAAAAGUUAAUAUACACCGGUGCAACAAUUCUUGUUGUCGCACUCGAUGUUUAUGCUUCCUACAAGUAUCGUUCCUCGCGUCGAACAUAA